AUGGAGCGAUUUGUAACCUCGUCAUCGCAACAAAAUGCUCAUCUCGAGCACCAUUUGUCGGUAUCUCAUGCAUCUGCAUCGACCCCUUCUUUUCUAAAGUCGGUAUCGUUGCCUCCAAUCCCAUUCUCCACCGCUCAGAGCUCAAGCGACAGUGACGAAUUGAAAAGCGACUCAGAUUUGUGUCGCGUGGAAUCAGAUUGUCGGGACAAUGCAAUGCUAUUGAAGGAUCAAUUGAUUGCGAGGGGUAGGGCUCUAUUGCAGUCGUAUCAGCGUCAAAAGAAAGAUCUUUGCGAGAUUCUAAUGAAGAAUAUUCGACUGUAA